GGCGAAAUACACUGUUAUUGAGUCAUGCAAGGCUUCUGUUGAUUGCGUAGACAUUUUCAAGGUGUUGGUCGAGGGCUCCACAAGGACCUAUAAUAAUAUUUUCCGCUGUAUCAUUCCCCCUUGCUGGACUGUGCAACUUUAUAGAUGCAACGGAGGAGCUGGCACGGCAAUUCUCGUCGGAUCCAAAAGGGUGACUCGGACGAGAGAUGGCGGGUUGUCUACCGAAAUCACGCGACUCUUGAAUUAUUUGUGUCGAUGUGCAUGGCGGGGCAAACUAUGCAAUGACUAAAGUUCCUAUUGCAUUAUGAUCAGUUCGGGAGAACUGGCAUUGGAACCGCCAGUCUCCAUUCGGAAUUGCUAUCGAGACGUGAUCUUUUAUUGCUAUCGAAAACAAAUCAUCAAUGCUUGCCAGUGUUUAUUAACAUCAGCAUGGUUCGCAUCAUCUCGUUCCCUACACACCGCCUCUCGUGUGAUUUAUUUGCAGCCUCAGGAAAUGCUUCCAAGUUCUUCCUUCAAAUCACAUACGAUAGGUUGCUUUACGUUGCUGUCCUCUUCUCCCCCGCUUUCUUCCUUCUUGUUUUCAUUGGUGUGUCCAUCAGCGCGGGCUUUGUUUGAUUGGUUUUCCAACAUGACACCCAUCGCUGGCCUUUUGACGUGAUUUGAUAUGUUGGUGAGACCGUAGGAGCAUUGACGACCAAUUCCAAGACACUCCGUUGCGCUUGAAGGUGCUUGGGGUGGCUUUCGCCGAAAGUAGAGUGAAUGUCCGUAUGAAUUGCGACCAAAAUACUCUACAAUUACAAAUCGAAUACACCGGGAGCCUGUGCAAAUCGC